AAAAUUAUAUUGAUAACUACUACCAAAACAAACAGGCGUAGUUACACUAAGUCAUAUGACCAAUAUAAAUAGGGGAAAAAUUGUUGCUGCAUAAGGAAAUUUGGGUUGCAACAAUUAUAUAAAAUUGUUGAUUUUCUUCAAAUCACAUAUUGAAGCUGUAAUGGAAACCUAUAAUGGCAACAGCUACGAAGAAGGAACUGUCAAAAUGGUUGAGUGGAUAUUUGGACGAGCUAGGCUUCGACAGGAGAAGAAUCUGGGAAAGGAUCCAUGUCUUCAACAGAUGUUCAAGGGCAAAAGACAUUUCAACUAAAACAAUCCUAAAAACAAAUGAGAUUGAGAAAAUAUUUGUUGGCAGUAUGCGUGAAGGUACUGGAAUGAGCUAUAUUAAUGAUGAAGACAUUCUACAAAUCAACCAUGCUAUAACUUCCUUUGAAGACUUUGGAACGCUCAAUGAAACUAGCAAACUGGUAUUCAAGAUGGUACAAAACAAAGCACCAGCAGGCUACACUUUCCUUAAACUGGUAAGCAGAGAGGAAGAUUUUGAAACUUUUGAAACUUUAAAGUAUGCUCUUGUAAAAAUGAAAAAAGGACGAUUUCUUUCAAGUAAACUGUUCAUGACCAAAAAUGAUGAUGUAUUUAAAACUGGAGAUGGUCUCAUCAGCAGAUAUACUCGUUAUAAAAGCCCACAGGGUCCAUCUAUUCCAAAGUACGUAGAAAAUAACCUGAUCCAGAAAUACUGGUUUUCCAAAAUUAAUCUCACAGACAAGGGUAAAGAUUUUGUACGAGCUUUCCCAUGCCAAGCUGACUCCAUCCUACAAGCAUGGAAAAUGAGGGAUAGAAAGUGUGGCUGGCCGUGUAGAAAGACAAUUAACCAUGUAAUGUCCCUGCCUGCUUAUGUUGUACCUGUUGGCUGUAAAGACAGCAUCAAUGAAGAUCUACAAUGGAGAAUCUGUUUUACCAUGGCUGAAACCCACUUAGUCCAAGCCUUGAACAACACUCAAACAAAGGUAUUUGUGUUGAUGAAGCUGAUAGCUAAGUACAUACUGCAGCCUUUGUGCAAAGAUAUCACUUCAUAUGUGGUGAAAAUGGUUAUUCUUUGGCUUGCUGAAAAGAUUCCGCAGAGAAAAUUCCGCAAAAAACAUUUGUUAGCCAGGCUGCAAGACGCUAUAACGUAUCUCCAAAGUGUGGUAGAAAGCAAGCACCUUCCAAGUUACAUGAUCCCAAAGAGAAACCUGUUUGCAAGAAAGCUGACAAAGACAGAGCAAACACUGGUGAUUGAUAGACUAAGUUAUCUCUUAAACAAUGGCACAAGGAUGAUUGAGGAGUUUUCUCAUGAUUGCCUGCCUCACUCUGAAGAAAUAAUCCAAGUCUGUGAGUCACUAAGUAUAGCUAAUCAUAUGAACAAAAUACAUACAUGUCUCAUAACACUUUUUACAACAGAAGAACUUGCAAAUUACUGCACAAAAAUGUUUUUAUGCAGGUCUUGGUUUCAAGCGUAUCUCUACAAUGCACUAUUUGUUUGGGGCCCUUAUUUCCUCACCUAUGGCAAGCGUGGAUUUUCAGAUCCUCUCAGUUUUGAGCUCUCAAACCACUUUGCAGAAAGUGAAAAGAAAGAAAAAGCUGCAAUAAAACAAAGACAAAAGAGAAAUACCCAAUUAGCUGCAUCUACGCAAACAGUGCCGAGAUCAGACUGGCAUCUGGACUUGAACAUUGCAAACAAAUUUGGACUUCCAUUUGAGCAAUUUGUGUUCCUUUCAGCAAUUUUCAUGAUUCUGCUUUUCUUACCAAGCAGGUUUUUCCUUAAACUACUCCUUACAGUACUGGAUUCAGAUGGAAUAAUCACUGAAACAGCUGAAGGACAUAUCAUUUCUGACUGACGUACAAUCAUACAGUAACCAGAAAAUGUGACGAAACAAUGUUAUAACUGUGGAUAUAUCAGAAUCCUACAGCAACAUCAGUAGCAAGUGUCUUGUGUUUGUCAUAAUGGUUUUAUAUUAACAGUUUGAAGCUGGUCUAACCAAAAAUAUAUUUUUUUUUUAAAUCUAAAAUACCGUGAAAGCUGGGACUAAGAAACUAAAACCUUAGCAAGAAAAUCAGAAAAGAAAACAAACCUUAAAUCAGGACUAUCUUACUCAUUUUUCAUUUCAUAUGACACUACAUUUAAUUUCUAUAUAAUCCAGCAAGAAACUGACUUAAAAGUUUUGCCAAUACAUUCAAACAACUGAAUAUUCUAAAUUGUGAUUUCAAGUCAAUUAAAUAAAACAGAGUUUGUCUUUGUA